AUGUCUAUUAAAAGUUUACAAAAAGUUAGAUAAGCUUAUUAUGAAGGUAACUAUGAAGAAGUGAAGAACGUUCAUAGAGUUGACUCUAUUAAUCGUGAUAAUUUUAUAUCAAGAUAAGAUUAUUACGAAUUUAAUUAUUUAACAAAUCACAAGGAGUAACAUAAUACAUCUGGAGCUUUCAUUAAAAGUGCUGUUUAUGGUGGUCUUGAUGGAUUAAUAACUACUUAUGCUGUAGUCAUGGGUGUAGCUGGGGCUGAGCUAUAGACAGUAGUUAUUCUCGCUUUAGGUGUAUCUAGUUUAAUUGGAGAUGGAAUUUGCAUGUCUCUAGGUGAUUAUCUUUCAACAAAAUCAGAAAUUGAAUUUUAAAGAAGAGAAAGACACAGAGAAGAGUGGGAAGUAGAUAAUCUACCAGAAGAAGAAAAAGCUGAAAUGAUUGAGUUGUAUGAAAACAAAGGGAUAAGCAGAGAAGAUGCUACUUAAAUUGUCGAAAUAAUGUCCAAAUAUAAAUAAGCAUGGGUUGACAUCAUGAUGGUAGAAGAGCUUGGAUUGAUUCCUUAAGAAGAAAAUCCUAUAAAAAAUGCUAUUGUUACACUAACUUCUUUCAUUUUAUUUGGUUAAAUACCUUUAAUUCCUUUUGUAAUAACUUAAAUAUUUUCAAUUGACGCCAACGAAUUAUUUUUCUACCUUUCCACAGGAUUGACGGCCCUGUUUCUGUUUGUUCUGGGAUAUAUCAAAUCCUAAUUUACUUUUUCUAAGUGGUGGAAGAGUGGCCUUGAAACCCUUUUUACUGGUAUUAUGGCUGCGGGAUCUGCAUAUUUAAUAGGAUUAGCUUUUAGACAAUUUACAUCUUGA